AUGCCUCAUCCGAAGCCAUCGAAGGCGAUGAAGCAGGAGGAUCGAUCCCGUCGAAAGAUGAACAAAGAUCUCGAGACCUUGAUCGGACCUCAGUCACAGGCCAAGACCGACCGCUGCGGCCUGUGCGACGCCUCUGCCCACCAUUUACGUUGUCUCUACGGCAAGAAUGUGCCGGAGGACGAUAAUUUGGGCAUCCUACAUCUGCUACGACCAGAUGCUCGGGCUAUUCACGAGCGUUCCUUGAGAGAGGAAGAGGCCCAGAAGGAUGAGAAGGGUGGGUUCCUGGCCAGACUGUGGCGAUGA